AUGCCAACCCUAAAAUAUAUUGCCAUUUUUUUGGCUCUCCUCCUUUCAUAUAGCUUAUGCAAUGCUUCUGAGGUUUCAAUUAACAUCCGUGUUAAUUUGGCAGAUGGUAUUAUGCUUACUUGUUUGAGUGGUGGUGGAAUUAUUGGUCAUCUAGAUCCACAAAAGCCCUAUCAUUGGACAUAUCCUGCUGAUAAAUCUGAAUCUUGUAAUGCAAAUUGGAAUGGUUUACAGGCUCAGUUUAUAGCAUAUGAUCCUCAGUCUGACCAAGGUCAUUUCGAUAUAUAUUGGAACGUAGAGAAAGAUGGUUUAUAUCGUAGUUGGGACAAUAAGAACUUUGAGAAAAAGGUUGGUUGGAGUUGA